UUAACCGGAAGCGUGAAUCAGUUUCGGUUUAGAACAAAUAUCAUUGUUUGCGCUACAUACUUCUAAAAUUAGCAUUAUGAACUUAACAAUAACGACUUUAGACGAUCGUCUUAUUAGUAUUGAGGUAGGUGAAGACCUUGAACUGGAAAACUUAAAAGCACAGUGCGAGUUUGAACUCGGAGUUCCGGUACAAAGAAUGGUGCUGACUUGGAACGGAAAACCACUGAACGACAAUAAAAAAACAUUGAAACAAUAUGGAAUUGGCAAUGGUGAAAUGCUUCUUCUGCAACAGAUAAAUCCGUCUUCACAAGCUAGUCAGCCUCGGCAAUCUGGAAGUGGUGCAAGUGGCGGAGUCCCCAUGAUUGAUUUUGGCAGUAUUGCCAUUCCUGGAAACCCGCCCCCUCCAAGACCAGACUUGGAAGACCCUCUUGUCAUCCUCGAGCUUAUCAAGAAUAACCCUCAUGAACGGGCGCUGUUGAAAGAAAGAAAUCCUCCACUCUCUGACGCAUUGGAAAGUGGGAAUACAGGUCGAUUCAUUGAGGUUUACACAAAACAGAGGAAUGAAAGGUUGAAGCGUGAAGAAGAACGCAACAAAAUGAUUAGCAUGGAUCCCUUCUCCUCCGAGGCACAGAGGCUUAUAGCCGAGGAAAUCAGAAUGAAGAAUGUCGAGACAAAUAUGGAGUCGGCCAUAGAACAUGUGCCGGAGAGUUUUGGACAGGUUGUGAUGCUCUAUGUCAACUGUAUAGUGAACGGCCAUCCUGUCCAAGCCUUUGUUGAUUCAGGUGCUCAAAUGACAAUUAUGAGUCAGAGUUGUGCAGAACGCUGUAACAUCAUGAGACUAGUUGACAUGAGAUGGGCAGGCAUUGCAAAAGGUGUUGGAACCCAGAAAAUCAUCGGAAGAGUCCAUCUAGGUAUGAUCCAGAUAGAGAGUGACUUUCUUCAAUCUUCAUUUUCUAUUCUUGAAGACCAGCCCAUGGACAUGUUGUUAGGUCUGGAUAUGUUGAAAAGACACCAGUGUGUUAUAGAUCUCCAGAAGAACGAGCUAUUGAUAGGUACCACGGGAACCCGUACUCCAUUCCUCGCAGAGAACCAGCUGCCCUCGUACGCCCGGAUUAACAGGGAACCGGGCUCAGAGUCUGGGGAUGAAGAGUUGGCCAAGGCCCUGCAGAAGUCUGCAGACGAGGCGGCAGGAAACUCAAAUCUGGGCGCAGCAAGCGCUCCUAGACCAGUCACUUCAACACAGCCAGGCAGCCAAACACAGAGGUCCAACCAGGGACCUCAAAACACUUCAACUAAUCCAGUACCCUCUCUAUUCCCCACACCAAACUCACAGACUCCAUCUCAGUCCACUAAUACCCAGGGAUACAGUCAUUUACAAGUGUCCAAUUCAGGUCCAAAUCAGGGGUCGACCCAAAGUCAAGGGGCCACAAGUCCAGUAGGAGCAGGGCCAUCACAGUCUAGAAGCCCCUUCCCUGAACAUGUGAUUCGCAAUCUAGUGGAAAAUGGAUUCAGUAGACAUGACGUGAUCAGGGCUUUGACAGAGGCAAAUGGUGAUGCCCAAAAGGCUCUUAUGGCUUUGCUAGCGAGAUCUCUCCAGUUUCCUUGAUUUCCACCAUUAUGUACAGGUUAUACAUGCUGUUGCCUUAUUUCCAUCACGCCAUGUGUGUUUUCAUGCCCCCCUUUGAAGAAGAGGGAGUAUAUUGCUUUGCACCUGUCGGUCCGUCUGUCUGUUGGUUCACCAAAGCUUGUCCGAGUGAUAACUCCACAGUUUUUGGACCUAUGUUCUUCAAACUUGACAUGAAGGUUGGGCCUGACCAGUAGAUGACCCCUAUUGAUUUUGGGGGUCAUUGGGUCAAAGGUCAAGGUCACAGCGAAAAGGUUGUCAAAGCUUGUCCGACUGAUAACUCAACAAUGCCUUAACCUAUGGUCAUCAAAUUUGACAUGGACUCUUGACCUGACCAGAAGAUUACCCCCAAUUGAUUUAAGGGAUCAUUGAGUCAAGGUCAUAGUAACUGUUAAGGUCGAGUGUGAUAACUCGACAAUGCUUGCACCCAUGGACCUCAAACUUGACAUUUAGGUUUGUGACCAGUAGAUGACCCCUAUUGAUUUUGAGGUCAUAUAGUUAAAGGUCAAGGUCACAACUCAUAUUGGUCAUUCAAAUUAAUGUCAAAUAUACUUAUUCCCUGCUGCUAAGAGGAUACAUGUUUAUCUGCAAAUAUCAGUCAUCAUCUGAACAUGAUUAAAACUGUACCUACUAUCCUCACACUUUGAAUGGUCAUAAUCUUAAAACUGUCUCAAAAGCAUCCAAUGUCAAUGAUAAAUCAGCUGUCAUUUCAGUCCAUGCAUAUUUCAUUCAAGUGUCCAAAUAUCCCUUACAACAUGGGAGACAAACAUGUUUUGAGAAAAAUGAAGUGUAAAAGUUCAGGAAUUUCAGGGCUUCCAUUAUGAAUUGGAAGUAUGAACUUCCUGUCCCUCAAAUUUGGAAGUUUUUCACUGAAAUGUGGAAGUUUAGGUCUCCUGAAUAAGAUAUCUUUUUCCACUAUUUUUCAAUUAGUAUUAAAAAUCAUAUAAUUUGCAACUUUAUCUUGCCAAAUUCACAUACUCAUACUUUAAUGACUGAUUGAAGUUGUGACCUUAAAAUUAAUAUUGACACCAGGUUUUGAUGUUUUAAACUUCCAAGCUUUCAACUUUGAAAGUUUACUUCAAAAUUAUGGAAGUUUUUGUACUUUCAAGGAAUCAAUUUUGGAAGUUUUAACCCAUUUCUAGGAGUAAUUUACUCCCAAACUUCCUUUAACAGAAGCCAUGGAAUUUUCUUAAAUUUGUUGAGUUUCUGUCCGUUGGAUUUUCCACCAUCAAUAAGGAAUAAGAAAUUAAACUAACGAUAUCAAUAUCACCAUAUGACCAAAAAUGGACUGAGGAUGUAUGGAAACAAGGCAACAGGUGUUGCAUCAUGGGAUGAUUGCCCUAAAUUUGAAGCCUCGGUCUUUUACCAGAGUUUGAUUGAGAGUUUAGUUUCUUUAAAUACUUUUAAACAAACCUUUUCACAAAAAUGCCACCUGAUUGAGUGACUGUCAAAACAUUAUUUUGAAACAAGUUUGUAACAGUGUUUGAGGAAAUUAAUUCACUAAUUAAACUCUGGUAAUAAAAUGAAGGGGGGGGGGCUCUUUAAGCAGCAUAAACUGCCCUUUGUUUCAUUCAAAAUGGUGGAGGUGAAGAAAAAGAAGUUAUUUUUAUCUAUGUCUUCGUUUUAAGCAAAAUGUUGCCUUUCGAUGUAGCAAAUAUGACAUAGUUUAUCACGUGGUAUACACACACUGUGUAUAAACGAACAAAUUAUUAUAUGUAAAAUGGUGUUAAUGAAUAAUAUAAAAGAAACAGAAAAAUUGUUGAAUUUCAGAGGUAUUCAAGCAAAAUUAAUUUAACCGUUAUCACAGAAAAUGACUGUGUUUACUCCGUGAAAUUAAUUUCGAUUUUACAUCGAGAUUUAACAAAUUUCCUUGUUCUGUCUGUGGUAUAUAACCAUAACACCAUAUAAUUGAUGUUAAUUGGAAAUCACAUCGCAUGAUAAACAUAAUGUUGUGAUGUCAUUAUAGUAACAUCAAAAAUGUUCAUCAUGGCGUAGUGAGCACUAUGUUACUUUUAGGGAGCAAUAUGGAAACCAAAAGCUACAAUAGCAGUAAAAUAAGAUGAUUUUAACUAAAUAGCUUUAAAGAAUAACUCUGUUAUAACAAACAGGUUGAAAAUUGGUCUCAAUUAUAAUCAUUUGUCAAGCCAUUUGAUCAAUUUUUGAUUAGGUCACAAAAACCAAAGUCACUGAAUAUGUAGGAGGUAUAAGAUAGUCAUACAAACUGUAUUUUAAUGUUAACAAUGGACCGAUGGUUCAGAACUUAGUACUAGUUAACAACGUUGACGGUUGUUAAUGUCGUUGUUGUUAACUUUCAAAUUGAUAUUGUUCUGGAAAUUUAAUGGAUAUACUUGUGAUCUGUAUUUCUGUAUUUUCUAAUUCGAAACAAGAAUUUGAGCUGUCUUUGUUUAUAUUAAGAUAUAUGAACAUGUAAAAACGUGUAAAAUGUUUCACAUUUAAAAGUUGACUACAAUAUCGUUAAUCAUGUUAACUUUAAAGUAAGUACUUAAAAAGAAUCGGACGAAGUCAACUAUAAAUUAUUGCUAGAUUCUCUUCCCUGCCCUCUUUUUCGCGCAAGUAAAAAUGUUGAACUAAAAUCUGUAUUUGCGUAUUCGUCUGGGAACGAUGUUUAUUCAUACCUUCGGUGUCGAUGUAUAACAUUCACAUGUAAAGAAGGAGAUCUGUUACAAAUAUGUUGUGGUUCCUCUAGAAACACAUGUAUAUGGUCCAUGAAGAAAGAGCAUGAAGACAUAUUCAACAGUGAAACAGUCUUCUAAGAAAAAUAAAAGAAAUAAUAAAAAUCACCCGCUGCCCUCAUUUAGGGCCAUUUCAGUUAAAUAUAACCCCCGAGGGGGAAGGCAAUUAUUUAAAUAGUAUAUAAGUGGGUGUCUUUUUCCCUAAUUUGGACCCCACUAGGGUAAAUUUGCUUCUGUAGGAGGGUGGUAUGAUUUAAAAGUGCCUUCUCCCAGGGGGUUAUAUGCUUAAAUGGAAUAGCCCUUAAAGAAGUGGAUGAAAAUCUAGCAAUUAAUUUAUAAUAGCCUAAUGUGUUUUUUUCAUUGUCAAUGAUUGCUUGAGGUUUUUGGUUGAAUAUCAAAUAAUGCAUACUGUUGUUCUAAGGUUGUUGUUUUUCUGCUUGGAAAAUACCGUCCUAUAGCGAUAACCAUUAAUAAGCCACCUCAGUCUUAACUGAUCGAUUCUUGACAAAAGUCAAACAAGGUUUUUCCCUGCUUGUGGUGAUAUAUGUAUAAAUGCGAUACAUGAACACAUGCCGAUUUCUUUUAUGUUUAAAUAUUAUUUCAAUUGAGGGACAUUGUCACAUUUUGUUCUUUUUUUUGCAUAAUAGCUGUAUAUAAUCUGUACUGGCUGCAUAUCAUACGAGUGCUACUUCUUGUGUUCACAUGAUUGUACAUUAACUAUCAUGAUAUUCUUGUUAAAAAAUAAAUGAAACUUAUUCCA